AUGGCGUGGCUGCGGGCGAUGGCCGUUUGGAUGGCCUAUGUGGCCACGGUGCUCCUGGCUAUCCCUGCAAGGGCGGCAGAGGACGGCGACGGAACAGCCUCGGAGGUGCCCAGCCCUGACGCGAGAAAGAUGCACCUGGCGGAGGCGCUCGCUAUCUCAGCGGCGGAUAUCCUGGAUGACCAGGAGACCCCAGCGGUGGAAGGCUACGAUGCUCUCUCUGACCUGCUUGAGUCGGCCGUUGUGGCGGAGAGCUUCACUUACUGGGAGCUGGCACAAGCUGUGCAUGAUGUGUUACUGCAGCAAGGCUACAAUGAGGAAGUCAUGGCCGCUUCCGACGGGGCGAGCAGCCUCAGCUGCAGCAUCUGGAAGGGGCAGGCCUACCAGCCCAGGCUUUCGAGCGUCCAGAUCGAGAUCUCCGAUGACUGGGGAAGGGGCAGCACGUGCGUCAACGGACACUGGAAGUCCUGGGGCUAUGGGUCCGGCUGGGCCGCCGCCGCCAACACCGGUGACCUCAACGGCAGCAAAUGCCCCGGGCGGGCCUCCGCCACCCAUUCCCAUUGCUAUCAGCUCGCGGACUGCGGUGGAACAAUAUCGGCGGACGGUUGGAGCCACUGGCGGCCCGAUGCUUGGUGGUCCCUUGAUCCCUGGUCACGCACUGCCACCGCAUUACAACAGAGCACCUGA